AUGCCUACUGCUUCUUUCUUUGUUUUGUUAAGUGUUUAUAUCUUCAACUGGCUUGGAAACAUCCUCGUUAUCAUAUUGAUCAGAAUAAGUUCUCAUCUGAAAACCCCCAUGUAUUUCUUCAUUUGUAAUCUCUCCAUUGUAGAUAUUUGUUUUACUACAGUAACAUUACCCAAAAUGCUGGCUAUUAUUGCCUCUCAGAAAAAUACCAUCUCCUUUGUUGGCUGCAUAACCCAGAUGUAUUUUUUCUUUGCCAUUGGGACCACUGAAUCUUUUUUACUUGCAGUAAUGUCUUAUGAUCGAUAUGUUGCCAUUUGCCGUCCAUUGAGAUAUUUUGUUAUGAUGCAAACUGAUGACUGCACAUUUAUGGUCCUCGGCUGUUGGCUUUGUGGACUUUUAAGUAUUUUGUUUCCAGUAAUAUUCAUUUCCAGGUUGCCUUUUUGUCAUUCUUAUAUUAUUAACCAUUUUUUCUGUGAUAUUUCACCAGUCAUUCGACUUUCCUGCAGUGACAUCCAUAAUAUUGAGAUAUUUAUUUUUUUCCUAGCAAUUGUUCUCAUUUUGGGGACCUUUUCAAUGAUUAUUAUUUCCUAUAUAAUUAUCUUACAGAACAUUCUACGCAUUCCCUCAUCCACUGGCAAGAAAAAAACAUUUUCUACAUGUGUGUCUCAUCUUUCUUCUGUACUCAUUUAUUAUGGUACCCUUAUGUUUAUAUAUGUUAGACCCAAGUCCAAAAGUAGCCUAGACCAGGAUAAACAGACAUCAUUGUUUUAUUCUUUAAUAACACCAACACUCAACCCCAUGGUGUACAGCCUUAGAAAUAAAGAUAUGAAGACUGCCUUGAUUCAUCUGCUCAGAUGUGUCUGGAGAUCACAUAAAGGACACUUAAAAAACUACUGA